UACUAGGAAGUCGGAAAAAUCGGAUAUUAUUGAAGUUUCUGAAUCGAAAUGGUCGAAACCCUGUAAGUUUGCCCCUGGCUUGCAAUGGCGAAUAACGAAGACGAUGACCACCAAUAUGGCGUCCUUUUGUACUACAAGUACGCUCACAUACCCGACCUCGACCACCUCGUCUCCUUCUACCAGUCUAAUUGCACCUCCCUUGCCCUUGUCGGCCGUGUCCGCCUCGCUUCUCAGGGCGUCAAUGUCACUGUCUGUGGGAAGCUAUGCUCGUUGAAGAGUCAUAUUGCUGCAAUGAAGUUGAAUAGCUUGUUUGAUGGGACUGAUUUCAAGCUUGCAUCGUGUCACCAGCCCUUGAAUGACAUUGUAGCGAGAGAAUGUGGAUUCACUUCUCUCUCAGUCCGAGUUGUCCAAGAGUUGGUCACCCUUUGUUCAAAUCCUCUAUCGAAGUUACCUGAAAUUACACAAGCUGGAACGCAUCUCUCUGCUACUGAAUUUCAUUCUGUUCUUGAGAGUGCUGGGCUACUUUCGGAUGAAGAGACACUGGAAAAUAGUAGAGAUGUUGUUCUAUUGGAUGCAAGGAAUUUAUAUGAGACUAGAGUUGGGAAGUUCCAAACACCAAACGUUGAAACACUGGAUCCAGAAAUUAGGCAGUACAGUGAUUUGCCAUCUUGGAUUGAUGAUAAUUCUGAAAAGUUGAGAGGAAAACACAUUCUUAUGUAUUGCACGGGAGGAAUCAGAUGUGAGAUGGCUUCAGCAUAUAUCAAGUCCAAAGGAUCUGGAUUUCAGAAUGUCUUUCAGUUAUAUGGUGGAAUACAACGUUAUUUGGAACAAUUUCCUGAUGGUGGAUUUUUUGCAGGAAAGAAUUUUGUGUUUGAUCACAGGAUAUCAGUUGGGAGCUCAACUCAAGAUAUUAUAGGGACUUGCCUUAUUUGUGGAAACCCAUUUGAUGAUUAUUCUUCUCGCUGUCGGUGUAAAUAUUGUCGAAUGCUUGUGCUGGUGUGUGAUAAUUGCCAGGAAAAGGAGACCCUAUUUGUUUGUGAGCUGUGUCGGAAGCAUGGCAAGGAGGGUGAGGUGAUUUCACAAUUCCAGAGCUCAAAAUCCAAAGUAGUCUUGCUGCAAAGUGAACUUGAAAUUAGUUCCCAGCAACUUCCGUGGAGUAACGGUUGUAGGUCACCAAGAAGAUUGAGAGUCCUGUGUUUGCAUGGAUUUAGACAGAAUGCUUCAAGCUUUAAAGGAAGAACUGCAUCAUUAGCAAAGAAACUCAAAACCAUGGUGGAGUUUGUGUAUGUUGAUGCACCUCACGAGUUAUCGUUCAUAUACCAUCCUCGGGACAGUGAGCCUCGGGAAACUUGUGUGACUUCUUCAGUACAGCCAAAUUGUCCUCCGCCAUUAGAGAGUUGCAAGAAGAAGUUUGCUUGGUUAAUAUCACACAAUGCAGGUGAAAGGAGUGAAGAAACUAAAUGGGAAGUUGCAGAUGCCCCAUUUGAUCCACUCCAGUACCAGAAACAAACUGAUGGGUUUGAAGAAUCAUUGGAAUAUUUGAAGACUGUAUUUUCCGAGAAAGGACCAUUCGAUGGGAUCUUAGGUUUUUCACAAGGAGCAGCAAUGGCUGGCGCAGUUUGUUCGAGAAAAACGAGUCUAAAGGGUGCAGUAGACUUCCGAUUUGCAGUGUUGUGUUCUGGGUUUCCUCUUCAAAUGCCUGAAUUGGACCAUGGACUGAUCAACUGCCCCUCACUUCACAUAUUUGGUAGUGAUCAGGGAAAUGAUAGGCAGAUUGCUAACAAAAUGAGCAGAGACCUUGCUUCUUGUUUCGAUGCAGGUUGUUCUGUGAUUAUUGAACAUGACUCUGGUCACAUAAUUCCUACUCGACCUCCCUACAUUGAUGAGAUAAAAGAGUUCCUUCACCGUUUUCUUUGAUUGGAUUCAUGAGUGUGUAACCUAUAACCAUUGAAGUUGUUACAAGAGCUUGAUCAUACAAGGGAUUUAUCUUUGCUUUCUCGAAGAAAGUUAGUUCACUCUUGGAUUGAAAUGGGACUUUUUUGCUUCAUAGUUUUAGCUCAUUGUAGACUUCUUUUACUAACUUGUUAAAUUUCUAAUUUACCUAUAAGUUUUUGACAUCAAAAGAAUGAAGGAUUUACAGAGUUUGCUGUUAUAGUU